CCACCGGACUGCUGCCAUUUGAAUUUUUGUUGCCAGCAGACUUGUUCCUUUGCACUGGCAAUGGACUGCCGCCUUUUUUAAGAUCUAUAAAGCAGCCUAAUUAGAUUUCCAACACGGCCAGCAUCUUUCUCUUUCAAAUCCGUUGUUAAUGUCAUUGAUCCAGUUUGUCCAGUCGUCAUUACAGUCUCCAUAGCAUUCAAGGGUUCAGGAAAUUAGACCACUGUUGAAAUGCAUUUUCAAAUUAGUCGACACAGAGGUGAGACAAACACUUGAUCUGAGUCUUGACAGAAAAAAAAAUGAUGGUGUGUGAUACACACGCUGCACAGGUUUUAAUGAGCAAGGACACUGGACAGUCGAAGCUGGGGGCACUGUGCAAACAACACACAACACAAAGGGAUAAAAAAACAAACACAGUAAGUCCUCUAUCCUGCCUCAAAUGCAAGUGUACUGCACAAUAAAAAAGGGAGGAAAACAACAUAUAACAUUCAAAUAUACUUAUUAUAGACCAGAGGCAGCUACUUCAGCACCCCCACUUCCCACGUCAAUUUUAAUGAGUGUCAGGCGUGUGAUUGAUUGAAUUCAUGUAAAUGACUAAUGAUUCAAAGAAGAUAUGACUAACUGACGGAUGAUUGAUUAGUAUAGUAUAUAUGCCUGUAUUUUGAGAUUUUGCAACAAAUGUCAUACAAAUCUUUCUAAGGGUGCCUGAAAAAUUGCUUUGGAAGUAUUUAACUCUUCACAACCAAAAGACUAUAAUAACUAAAAGACAGUCCUGAAUGAGACCGAAUCCUGGAAUCAGUUCUUGCAGUUUUACUUACAAAAUAAAUCGUAAAGGCAACGUAAAGUGUUUUACCACCAAGCCGCAGUUUCACAUAGGCCUAUUCGAUAACAGAUCCAUUUACCGGCAGGGAAAGCAACCCUGUUUUUUUCCCCCCAACAUCUAUAUUUACCACAGAGGCAUAGGUAACGCAGUAUAGCCGUUUGUCCUCUUUGUACUUGCAUGAAUCGUUGUGUGACUGUGUGUUAACCCCUCUGUGGCUCACACAACAAAACAAUGGAGUCCCAAAGCAAAGUGCUGACAUGAGUCCAGCCGUGCCUGCCCCCCGGCCCCUGACACCCGUGGGUGUAUAUAUACCCCCAUACACAUCGUCUCUGCAGACCGUUCAGUGGAACCCUGCGACACACAGCUCACCAGUUUGGGUAGGUCACACCAGUUAAAGUAGUUAACAAUACAGUACAGUUUCCCAAUCUGGACAUGAUGCAGUAUGGGCCUCUAACUCAACAUAUCAACUAACAACAGGGUGUCUUAAUUGAUCAGAGUGAAGACCGAGUGGUUGUUUAUUACCCUUCAUGCAAGUAGGAGAGUCAUUUUAUAGGUUUUUAUAGGCUUAUACUGUUGUAUCUUCUCAGAGUUCAUUGUGCAACACAGUAAACAGUGAAGUACAAGCCUCAGAGAAAGCUAAAAUGCCACCCGGAGUAUCAAACAGAAUAAUUAAUAGGUAGUUAUUUAUAACUUAUAGAGAUUUGUUUUUAGCGGCUUUUUUUUCCAUCCCCACCCUGACUGUCUGUGUAUUUCCCCACAGGUAGUGCUGAAAAAGAGGACAAAAUGGCUCUGACAAACCCCGUGCCCAUGGGCCCUUGGAAGGUCACUGUGUACGAUCAGGAGUACUUCCAGGGCAGGCGUGUGGAGUUCACCGCCAGCUGCCAGAACAUCAUGGAGUGUGGGAUGGAGAACAUCCGCUCCCUGAAGGUCGAGUGCGGCGCCUGGGUGGGCUACGAGCACUCCAGCUUCUGCGGCCAGCAGUUUGUCCUGGAGAAGGGAGACUACCCUCGCUUUGAGGCCUACAGUGGCAGUAACUCCUACCGCAUUGAGAGGAUGAUCUCCUUCAGGCCCAUUUGCUGUGCCAACCACAAGGAAUCCCGCAUGACCAUCUUUGAGCAGGAGAACAUGCUGGGUCGUCAGUUCGAGCUGUCUGAUGACUACCCCUCCCUGCAGGCCAUGGGCUGGAUAAACAAAGAGGUUGGAUCCAUCCAAAUUCCAAGUGGAGCCUUUGUGUGCUACCAGUACCCUGGCUACCGUGGCCAACAGUACAUCUUGGAGUCUGACUGUCGUGGAGGAGAGUACAAGAGUUACCGCGAGUUUGGCUCCCACGCCCAGAGUCCCCAGAUUCAGUCCAUCAGGAGGAUCCAGCACUGAGAGGGGAGCGUUUCCUUUACACUUCCUCAUCUCCUCUCCUCCUCCUCCUCCUCCUCUCCCUCCUCCUGCACUUCCAUCCCUCCUUCUGUUCCUCCUCUCCCCCAACCUCCAUCUCCACGGCUCCAGUGGUCCGACUGGUAAAAGCAGGAUCCCGAGCUGGUCUUCAGGUGCUUACUGAUGUCAGUUGUUUACAGCACUUUUUGUUUUUUAAAAAAACAUCACAAAAGAAAGGAAAGAUGCAAGAAAGACAGAAAAUAGGAAUGACAUUAUGAAGAGAGAAAGUUGAAUCAGUGUGAAAGAGAAGCCUCAUCUGCUGAGGUUGGCUGCAGAGCGGUGAAAACACCUCAAAGUUUUUGCUCUUUUUCAUCUCUACCAUUGAUGGCAUCAUCAACAUCAACAUCAUCAUCAUCAUCAUCAUCAUCAUCAUCAUCGUCAUUGUCUUCUACAUCAACACAAUAACCAGUGAUACCUGUGAUAUCCUUGACUGCCUAUGUUCAAGAUGAUGAAUAAAGAGA